AUGUUUAACCCCAGUGAAGCCGAUAUUGCAAAAGUCUCCGUGAUUUGCAAUGUUUUAUGGGUCUUCUCCACUCUACUAUUUUUAUUCACCCUCUACAUUAUCAACUACCAUUUCAAGGCUACAAAACUCUUCAAAUUGUUGCAGUUGAACUUAUUGAUCGUUGGUGAAGUGGCGGACACGUGGGUGUUGAUAGCAAAACCGAUUCUCGUCGUCCCCGCCUAUGUAUGGAAAAUUACGGCAAUUCAGACGACGCUCGUGGAGGAACUAGUGCUGUUUGUCUUCUACCUGGUGCUAGUUCAAUAUAUCGCCCUCUCCUUCGCCUUCACCGGCCUCUCCAAGCGAAAAGCGUUGGAUAUGAAGGAAUCGAGCAAUUUUUAUCUAUUCGCUCGGAUUUACAUUAUUGGGCAAAUGUUUUUAUCUGUUUUUACACUAUCGUUCAUUGCCUACGACUGGUACCGCGUUGGGAAUGUGUUCAAGAAUCCGGAGCUUUGCCGCCGUAACCCCCAAUUCUGCAACGACUCCCGCGCGACAAUGUUCAUCAACACUGGCAACACAAACACGGUGACGACCAUUUCGACCGUCACCGAGUUCUUGCUCUCUGACCAUGAAUGGCAUUUUCGUAAUGAUGCCGACAGUAGUGAUGCAAUUGUCGGUCUCUUCGCGUACUUCAACUUUUUCCAUUCAAUCGGGAAUUGCCUGACAGUGAUUGUCGCUUCGAGAUCGGUGAUGAUCAAGGCCAAGCAGUUGUUCACCGGAAUUCUGGUGAUGCAGCGUUCUCCCCAAUCCUCCACUACAGUAUCCAGCCCACGAAUUAUGCCGCGCAGCGGGGGUCAACAAUUCCAGAAAAGUUUC